CGGGUCAGUCCUGGUGAGCUGCAUCGAGGAGUAUUACCUACGCUAUCCUUUUGUCAAGGAAUUCGCAAUGGACAGGGGAUCGGAGUUUACUUCACAGGAGGUGCAAGAACUUUUAUCAAGGUUUGACUUUACGAAGACAGCCAUGCCAAGAGGAGGGAGGGGGACACGGCCGCCUCGAAGGCCGUUGGGAGCAUCAGGAGGAUAUGAGCGACAUGGGUCUCGUCAUCGAGAGAGUACUCCAGUCUACAAUGAUGGGGACAUCGAGCUAUUCCUGGACACUUUUUGGGAUCAUGCGAGGCGUAUGGGCUGGACCGUAGCCCAGGCAAUCGAGAGACUUAGGGGAGUCGGCAGAUUCGAGGAGCCCGUCGCGCGGAUCCGUAGAGAGGCGACGACGAGGCAAGAGGUGGAGAUGAGGAUGGAAGAGUUGCGACCCUCGCCGGUGGGACCAGAUGGCAGGCCGAUCCGCCUGGAGAUUGGAAAUACGUCGGACUUCAUCCCCGCGCUUGAGUGGUCCAUAUCUGGAGGAGCCAGCACCUGCAGAGCCGCGCCAGGAGCCGUGCCANCGUGCCAGCCCGAGAAGGAGAUGGAAGCAGAGAUCCCAAAGAGGGUCGACCUCCGCACGAGGGAAAGGGCGCCCGCUGGAGAGACGGCUGAAGAAAAGAGGGCGAGAAGAACCAGGCGGAUGGAGGAGAUAUGGCAAGAGAGGCAGAGGUUGGAGGCAGCGGGGGAGCUUCCGGAGCAGCAGCAGGAGAAGCAAAGAUCGGAGGCAGCAGGAGCACUCCCAGGUCAGCCACCCAGCGCACCAGCUAGGGCCCCGAAGAUAUCUGAGAUGUGGAGGAACUUCUGGAAGAGAGGAGAGGAGCUUCCAUCGCCAGUCAGAGUCGGGUUUAGGGUGGCCAGGAAGGCGGAAGAGAGGUUAGAUUGUAAAAUCAAGUUCCUGACCUAUACCAUUUUUGACCGACACUUGUUAUUGGAGGGCGAUCUGGCAGGAAAGAAGAUGAAGGAAGCAAGUCAUGGAGUACGCCUGGAGGCUAUGCAGAUGGAAAUUCAGGAACUCAGGGCAUUGGUGGCCAGCCAGGCAGCUAUCAUCGAGAGUCUAAGGCAGCAAACCCAGGGAAAGGUGGACAGGCCAGAGAGCAGCCGGCAGGGAGAGCAGAGGCAGCCAGGACAGGGAUUGCCAGGACAACCAUCUGCGGCAGAGCCUCACCAGGAGCCACCUAUGGGGAGGGUUAUCCUGGAGCCAGAGGAGGCGAGAGCACAGAGACAGGCGGAGAGAGAUGCAUUCGAGUUCAGAGCUCCUACCGAGCUCGCAACACUGCCAGUGGCGGCGGCAGACCCAGUCGUACCUUUGGCAGUAGAGGAGGGGCUGCCACAAUCUAGCAGUGAGCCGGCUCAGAGCUUAGCAGAGGGAUCCAUGGGCGUGCUCCUUGAGGCGGUGCAUACUAUGCAGGAGGAUGUGAGUUUGUUUUCACCUGAGCAGAGGAUAGAGGAGCCUCUUGAGAGAGAGAUAGAGAUUGAGGCAGAGGGUGCCAUCGAGAGCAGGCUCCAGAGGAUGGGCACGCCUGAGUAUGGGUCAGAGGAGAUUGAGGAGCAGCCCAUGGCAGUGCCAGGAGAGACAUUCGAGAGGAGACCUCAGAGGUUGGACACGCCUGAGUAUGUCCCGGUGACAGGGGAUUUGAGGAGCAGACUGGGGUCUUGGGCUACAGGAUCUGGGGCUGGGGUACCGGUUCCUGAAAUGGAGCAGCAGGAGGUCGUUUGUACCGCAGCUCCUGGAACAGAGCAGCAGGGGGUUGUUAGUACCUUGGUAGGAUCUCCUUCAUCGCCACCUCCUCAGCCCAGGAAGCAGAAGUUCAAGAGGAAGGUAGAUCAGCUAUGUUUCUACUGCAAGAGGGACGUGCAUCAUGCUCUGGACUGUCUCGAGUUCCUUGAGGAUAAGGCAGUAGGGAAGGUCUCAGAGGUAGGAGGUAAGAUGUAUGAUAGACACGGUAGGAUAGUAGAGAAAUCCGGAGAUGGACUUAGGGCUCAGUUAUAUAGACCAGGAGGAGUUGAGUAGAUAGGGCCGGUUUGUCUAUGUAAGUGGGCAAGUAUCUUAUGA